UUAAUUUUAAUGUUAUAAGCUUAUAUAAAUAGAUUCCUAAUAAGUAUAGAGUUGUAUAAUUUAGAAAUGGGAAUAAUAAGGCAGGAUGAAUCAUUUAUAGUGAGAGAAGAAAUAAGAGAAAAUGCUACAUGGAGUGAUCUAAGAUAAAAUCGAAUUAAAUAAAUAAAAGAUGACCUUGAUAGUGGAAACAUCAAUGUUGAUUCUGAAAUAAUAGAAUAAUCAGGAUAAACAUUACUAACAUAAAGUAUAGUUAUUGAUAGAUAUGAAAUAUUCUUGCUUUGUUUAUUAUUUUAAGGUUAGAAACCUAUUUAAUUUCUAGCUAAUGUAAAUUAAUAAACUUUUGAAGGGAUGAGACCAGUUCAUUUAGCAGCAAGUCUAGGUAGAUUGAAAAUGUUAUAGGACUUAAAAUAAUAUGGAGCAUAAUUGGAUGUUAAAGAUGAAUUGGGCAUGACUCCAUUAGAUAGAGCUAAAUUAUACAAUCAUUCUCAAAUAAUUGAGUUUUUGUAAUAAAAAUAAUGA